GGGCUUCCUGGACAACGCGGGGCAUUGGCCACACACCAGAGGGUCUACAAGCCAACAUUCUCCAGUUUAAGUUCCCUCGAAAAUGCACAUUUUACCGCGGAGUAGCUCAGGGAAAGAGCCCCGGUCCUUCCUUAGCUGCUACCGCUUGCUUGGCGGCGGGGGGGCGGGUUGGAGGUUUUGCCCAGUCGAGGCCUGAGUGUCCCCGCUGUUUCCCGUGGGCAGCGCUGCCUCCCUCCGCUGACGAGCGGGAGCCGGCGUGGAAAGAGCCCGCGAGCGCCGCCUGCGGCUCCGCACCAGUGCCCCACCGACAGACGCCCUCGGAGGAGACCUCCGCGUGGCUCUUGCCCUUCCAGGGUCGGGGGGCCGCCGCAAGCAGAGCCCGCGGAGAGAGGGCCGGCCCAGCACCCCGCUGCCUGCUUUGCCAGCCCCAAAUCUCCCGGGCGGGCCCCGGGCUCAAGCAGCGCGCCCAGAGGUGCCUCUUGUGCCUGCCCGCCCUCCGGGGCUGCGGCUGUUCGGCAUUCCGAAGCCUGCCUGCGGUUUGCGCCAGGGUCGUUUGGCUAAGCGCCGGCCCGUGUCCCUGACAGUGGGCAGAGCAGGCUUGGCCAUGAGCGCUCCCGACGCGAUUCGGCUGCUGGACGCCGCCGACUUCGCCGCCCGGAAGCACGCGGCACAGCGGCGCAAAGACCCCGAGGGUACGCCUUACAUCAACCAUCCCAUCGGUGUAGCCCAGAUAUUGGCGCAGGAAGCUGGAAUAACGGACAUUGCAGUACUGCAGGCUGCUCUCCUACAUGACACCGUUGAAGAUACGGACACCACCUUCUCACAGAUCGAGGAACACUUUGGGGAGGAGGUGAGGCGCAUUGUGGAGGAAGUGACAGACGACAAGACGUUGCCGAAGAUGGAGCGCAAGCAGCUGCAGAUUGAACACGCUGCCCAUAGCAGCAGGCCUGCCCGGCUGGUGAAACUGGCUGACAAGCUGUAUAACCUGCGAGACCUGAACCGCUGCACCCCGCAAGGUUGGUCCGAGGAACGAGUCCAGGAGUACUUUCUUUGGGCCUCAAAAGUCGUGAAGAGCAUGUGUGGGACAAGCCCGGUGCUGGAGGAGAAGCUGUGGCUGCUGUUUAAAGCCAGGGGGCUACCUGAGUGACAGUGCCAAGGUCCAGCCUACUCUACUGGAAGGGAUACCAGGCUACAGACUUUGCUGAGCUGCUAGAUCAAAAAUGGAGAAGGCUUUUCACAAUUGGCCUCCAGUCCCACUUACUCUUAUCCUGCUUCAGGGUUUUUGCACUGCCCUCUGGAUACUCCCAUGCCAUCUAAUGCCUAGUGAUGCCCCCUGCACAUAUUAGGAUUAUUGAACAUGUGCUGGAAACAAGCCCACCCGGACAGAGGACUUUUCUUCCCUCCGGAACAAGCGUAGAGAGAAUGGCAUGCAAGGAGAGAAGAUGAAAGUUGUGCUUUUGCUCCUCUUUUCUCUUCCCCCACCCCCUGGGGUGAUAAAGGCAUUCUGUGCAGCAGAGGAACCGAGCUUCAGGGUAUUGCUUUUGUGCCUGAUCUUCACCUCUCCUCUCUAGGCCUUUCUAUCACACCACCUUCUCUGGAGUCAGAGAUGAGGCCAGGACCACAGAGAUUUCUUCUGCAGUUCCAGGGCAGACCUGUACUCUAGAUCAAAGAGUGCAGUGGGGUGUCUAUAGUUCUUAAGAUCUGAUCUAUUUCCCCCCCCAGUUGGCAGGAUAGUGAAAGAAUGUAUGUUGACAGUGGUCGUCAAUAAAGAUCUGAGCAGGAUGUGA